AUGUUCCAACUCCGUGCCAAGGCCACCAGCCUGGGGAAGACAGGGUUGCUACCCCAGCACUGCAAGCCCACUUGGCAGUCAUUUCUGGCCUCUGGUUGUCCUGAGGAGCCAGCCUUCCUGGAGGACGUGACGACCUGCCAGAAUCCUAAACCUCCGUCCAGCGCCUGCCCUCCAGCGCUCAGGAUCCUCCCUCUAAUUCAGCACCCUCCUCCGUCUCCACCCACUCCCGCCCCGGGAGUCCUCCCUUCCGGAAGACCGUCCGGGGUGACCGCACGCCUCGCCGACUCACCUGCAAUAGCGCGGGAGCCACCGGCGCACUCCUGCGGGACCCUCGCGGGCCUGCAGCCCCGAUCGCUGCCUCCCUCCCGAGUGGCCCCCGCACCGCCCACACCCCGCGCUCGCUCCUUCCUGCGCCACCCCGCCCCCGCUUCCCGCCCCCAGCCCGGCUGUCGCUCCGGCCCCCUCAGGCGGCUCCAGGGCCUCGGCGCGCGCCGCGCCUCCGCCUCCCGGCGGCUGGCCAAUCGCUGCCCGCAGCCGGCAUCCGAGUCCCGCCUCUAUCCCCGCCCUGCGCCCCCGCCUCCGAAACCCACCAAUGGGAAGGACGGCGCGGGAGCGGGCCCGGCGGUUGCCUAG